CACUCCAUUUUGAGUCGCCAUUUCAUGACUAAACGCCACUAGUACAUUGUUUGACAGACUUACGCUUAUAACUCUCUUGAGGUUAACGAAUUGUCUUAGUUUUUUGUAUUUUAACUCAAGUCAUAUAAUAUCAUUAACAAAAAUUUAAAAAUUCAUUAGCGAGAGAUAUUCUAAAAGGAUCAAGAUGCAAAUUUUUGUUAAGACACUUACUGGAAAGACCAUUACACUCGAAGUAGAAUCAUCUGAUUCUAUUGAAAAUGUAAAAGCCAAAAUACAAGACAAAGAAGGUAUCCCACCAGAUCAACAACGUCUAAUCUUUGCUGGUAAACAAUUGGAAGAUGGUCGUACCUUGUCUGAUUACAACAUCCAAAAAGAAUCUACACUUCAUCUUGUACUCCGUCUUCGUGGUGGUAUGCAAAUUUUUGUUAAGACACUUACUGGAAAGACCAUUACACUCGAAGUAGAAUCAUCUGAUUCUAUUGAAAAUGUAAAAGCCAAAAUACAAGACAAAGAAGGUAUCCCACCAGAUCAACAACGUCUAAUCUUUGCUGGUAAACAAUUGGAAGAUGGUCGUACCUUGUCUGAUUACAACAUCCAAAAAGAAUCUACACUUCAUCUUGUACUCCGUCUUCGUGGUGGUAUGCAAAUUUUUGUUAAGACACUUACUGGAAAGACCAUUACACUCGAAGUAGAAUCAUCUGAUUCUAUUGAAAAUGUAAAAGCCAAAAUACAAGACAAAGAAGGUAUCCCACCAGAUCAACAACGUCUAAUCUUUGCUGGUAAACAAUUGGAAGAUGGUCGUACCUUGUCUGAUUACAACAUCCAAAAAGAAUCUACACUUCAUCUUGUACUCCGUCUUCGUGGUGGUAUGCAAAUUUUUGUUAAGACACUUACUGGAAAGACCAUUACACUCGAAGUAGAAUCAUCUGAUUCUAUUGAAAAUGUAAAAGCCAAAAUACAAGACAAAGAAGGUAUCCCACCAGAUCAACAACGUCUAAUCUUUGCUGGUAAACAAUUGGAAGAUGGUCGUACCUUGUCUGAUUACAACAUCCAAAAAGAAUCUACACUUCAUCUUGUACUCCGUCUUCGUGGUGGUGUUUUUAAUUAAUUCAUAUUGUGACUAUUGAUAAUCAAUUAUACUGAAUUAGAAAUUAUUUUUUGGCUCUUUAAAAAAAAUACAAUUCCAUGUUAAUAUAUGUUUAAAAAUAGUAUUGUAUUGAAAUAGAUUUCAAAUUAAUAGUA